UCCACGGGACCACAGGGCGGGCUGCGUGGGCUUUAAAGGCUGCGGUGUUUAUUGGAGUUCGGAGUUAUUGCUAUGAAAUAAAAAAAACAUGCCUUUUACUCAGAGGAUCGUUGAGCCUCGGCGCGUCAGUCGGUUAUCCGCCAGGGAUGUGUGGAUCCGGGGGGAGGACGCCGGGAGACGCAAACAGCGGGGACCCGUGCUGUUCUCGUCCCUGGAUGAUGUCUGCUGUCACACUUUCACCAACAUCAUCCACCAACUUUCAGACCUGUCCCGUCACGCCAGCGACAUCUUCCUGGGCAUCGAGGUGGAGGCGGGCAUGGCGUUCAGGAGGUCCUGCAGGAUCCAGGGGCGUCUGAAGGUCCUGCAAGACGAGGUGCUCAAGUGGGAUCCCAAGAAAGUCAAAAUCCCGGUGUCUAACCUCGAUGAGGAGAGCAAGUGGACGGUUCACUACACGGCUCCGUGGCACCAGCAGGAGAACGUCUUCCUACCAGGCAGCAGGCCGCCAUGCGUAGAGGACCUCCACCGCCAGGCCAAAGUUAACCUCAAGACUGCCUUGCGAGAAUGUGACAAGUUGAGGAAAGAUGGUUUCCGCAGCUCGCAGUACUACUCUCAGGGUCCCAUCUUCUCUGACCCGCUUCAGUCCAUCAGCAGCCUGCAGGAUGACGAGGAAGAUGAAAAUGACAAGAAGUCCAUAGCUUCAUCGGCGGAGGAUGAUAAAUCCCAGCUCUCCAUGAGGCCUCAGACCCCACAGGGAGGAGGUGAAGAGUUUGAGGUAGACGGACAGGUGAUAUGGAACAAGGCCCCACCCCUCCCCACGCCGGAGGAGAAGAUGAGGCUGGCAGCCCAGGCCGUGCCCACAGACAUAGUUCCUAUCAACGUCACAGGGGCAGUGUUUGACCGACAGGCGACCAUCCGGCGCUCCCUCAUUAACACUGACACCGUGUCCCGCCGGCCCAAGAAGGUCAAACGCAGAAAGACUAUAUCAGGGCUGCCUGACGACAUCAACUGGGAGCUAGCAGCAAAAGGACGUGGUGGUGAGCUCCGGCCUCAUUCCAUGUUCAUCCCGGGACAGUACUCCACUUUGGGCCGCGUUCGGAGCGUCAACUCAACGCUCUCACGCUCAAUCACUAGAGACUCAAGCUGCCAAACAGAAGAAACAAAGGUCGUACCUCCGUCCAUGAGAAGAAUCCGGGCGCAGAGAGGACAAGGAAUUGCUGCUCAGAUGGCGGGCAUUUCUACUUCCUCCUCGACAGGAAGUAUAUCCAUCUGCAGCAGUGACAGCUCGGGGGUCUUGAUGCUGCCACAUCAGUUUAACGGAAACCCUUCCCGUUUCCAUAGUCUGCCCCGACCGGGCGCCAGGGUGUCCCUCAGUGCUGAUCCCAUCUACAGCAGCACCCCCAUCAAGUCAGACGGGCAGACAAUGACUCAGAGGCAGAUUGGAAAGCUUCAGGUUGAUAAUUCAGUGGUGCACAUGAGAAACGCCCCAAGGACAGGAACUCUGCCCAGGCCCAAGUCUCAGGAAGUGAGGCGGACACAGUCCAGCGAGUGGGGUGGGGGUCCGGCGUGUGUGGUUUCCCCACAUGCCGCCUAUUCCACCUCAGUCAUCCCUAAUGCCACCAUGUCAUGCUCCACUGAGGUCAUCACGCUCAACACCUCCGGUCUGCACCCCCACUCCCAAGCCUCAGUUUAUCCCCCAAACCGACCGCUCAGUCUGGCUUCGCUUUCGAGCACUGACCCUAUGAUCUCCAGUCCAGCAGCCUUCAGCCACAGCUCCACCUGCCCAGCACUGGCCACGUCCACCCCCACUCAUACACCACAGGGGGGCGGUCCGGUUGUUGCCGGACCCGCUAGCGAGUCAGGGCACUCGGACAGCAGCAUACACAGCCAUAGCACCUUGGCUCCGUCGCCUCCAUCCUGUCUGCCGGAGGAGCAGUGGAUAUACGACACGCCAGAAAACGUGGUGGUCCCUCACCGCACUCUCACCUCCAGCUGCUCCACUCCCAUCAACCAGCUGUACAACAGCCUGGAACACUCCUCCAGGACCACUACUGAUUCCAGCUCGGUCUAUUCCCAGGACAACGAUGGAUACUUCACCUCUAUGCACAUGGACUCUGGCCUGCGCUCCCGCAGCCAUGGCAGUGGGCAUGGCGCAGCAGCUGGCCGGGCCACCAGACACAGCAUGUACGAGUGCCGAGAGAUGGCCAAUCAGGAGGACACUGCAAGCUUGUACAGUGAUCGCUCUCUGUCCCGCAGCAUCUCCCUUCGCAAGACCAAGAAGCCGCCGCUGCCGCCGGCCCGUACCGACUCUCUGAGACGCAAGCCUGGUGCGAAGAAGCCCCUGGGAGGGGUGAGUGCCAUAAGUGGUGCUAACGAAGCAAAUGGUGCCAUGCUUAAUGAGACUCUAAUUGCCAGUUUGCAGCAGAGCCUACAGAUGGGGCUGAGGGGAGGAAAAGGAAAGGGCGCCUCACCGUCUUCUCCCUCUCACAGUCCUAGCAGUGACUACGAUGACCCCUGGGUGCUACGGCCACGCAGUCAGAGCAGCGUGAGCGCCGGAAGCUCGGCAGCGUCGCUUUUAGCUAACGCCAACUGCGGCGGUGUGUCUAACGUGUACUCACUGUGCCACGUGACGCCUGCUCACAGCGAAACCAGCAGCUUGCGUUCCGACUACGCCGAUUCCUGGGGUUACUACAUGGACUACCCUCGUAACCAUGGAGACCAGAGGGCACAGACCCCUCCAGCCACAGAUAACAUGACAGCUGGGCCUCACAUGGGCGAGCUACAAAACGGAGGUGAGAUUCACAGAAACAGCCAGGCGCCAGGGGCUCCGGGGCAUGAGGGGGGAGUGGCGGUGAAGCCCAAAACGUCGACCUCCUCUCCGGACAGGGUGCACAGACUGACCUCGCCAUCCAGCGGCUACUCCAGCCAGUCCAACACCCCCACGGCCGGGACCCCGGUGCCGUCGUUCGUCAGGUCCAUGUCCCCCUCCACCCGGCCCAAACCCAGAGUGCCCGAGAGGAAGUCCUCACUCCUCUCCUCUGUGUCCAUGUCCUCCUCGUCCACCUCCCUCUCCUCCAACACCUCCGACUCGCUGAAGAGCUCGGGUCCUCCAGCACCGCCUCCACCGCUCCCUCUCUCCUCCUCAGAUCCCAACACCCCACUCAGCCCACCUCCCCCUUUCCCAGCCCCCCUACCGCCAAGUUCGAGCGCAGGAUCCACCCCACCUCCGCCAGCUCCCCCCUUGCCCACCACUCCACAGGGAACUUCUCUAACCCCACUUCCCGCUUGCUCUGUCUCCCCAGAAUUCCCUCCUCCUCCAUCCCCUGAAACAUUAAUUCACCCGAGUUUGUCCUUCAAUGGAAGCUUCAGUCCGCCCCCGCCUCCUCCUCCUCUGCCCUCCUGUGGACCCCCUCCACCUCCUCCACUGCCUACUUUUUCUCCACCUUCUUCCUCCCUGUCUCUUCUGAAGGCAGCGAAGAAUGCUCCCAAACCAGCUAGUUCCAGCAGCCCCACAAAGGAGGCUAAGCCCCUGAUUACCCCGUUUGCACUACAGAGCGUUCAGCUACGCUCAAUCAAGCGGCAAGGGAAGGAAAUUAAUGGCAAAUCAGACCACACCACAGCUCAGGAAGCUGGGGUGGACCUCCCUGGCAGUCCACAGCCCCCGGAGAAAUCUCACUCCCAGGACUAUCCCACUGUGAUACCCGUGAUUAACAGCUCACCAGAGGAGGAGUCGCGUAAUUCCUCACCGUCACCUGUGUCAAAGCUCUUGGACGAGUUGACCUUAAACUGCAAUUUCACUGAAGACGCACCAGAUAGUGCUGUCCUAAAUGGAAAAGCUGAGGAUCAGAGUCACUUCCUCUCAAACGGAAGAGUAACAGAUGAGGCGCAGGAAUCAUUGCCAAGCCCCCCAGAGAUCUCCCAGAGCACGCCUGUCAAGCAGAAGCCCCCAGCCAUCUCCAAGAAACCCAAACUCUCUCUUCUCCCACAGUUUAGCUCCCAGCUCGUCAAUGAACGGGCUCCGUCUCAGUGGGAGGACACAAGCAGCCUGUCCCAAGCCGAGGACCAAGUAGACGCUCUGCAAAGACAGACAAAGGAGGAAGAGAAAGAGAGGGAGCAACAGGAGGAGGGGGGGAUUUCAGAAAGCUCUGAAUCAUUAGCAGAGAGCAGUGAAGCAUCCACAGAAAUCCAGGACGAGUACCCUGUCCCUACUCCUGCAAGCCAGGAGACGAGUCUCCACAAUGGGCCGUGCACCAACGGAGUAGCCCACGAAGAAGAGUACGAGGAGGGGGACGGAACAAGCAGCACGUCUGGAUCCAUCAGCUCCAGGGAGGACGACUCAGGUGAGGUGUUCGAAUCCAGCACGACUGAAUCGUCUCCGGCCCGGUCGACCAACGGGCCGUCCAAGGAGAACAUGGUGACCCCCUCUCCCAACCGGCCCAGAACCACCGAGGACCUCUUUGCCGCCAUUCACAGGUCGAAGCGCAAGGUCCUGGGUCGCAAGGAGUCUGAGGACGACAACUCUCAAGCUGGGACCCGACCGCAGUCCCCUCCCACCACCCCUACAGCCACGUCCCCGGGGAGCGUGUCCUCUUUGUCCCGGCAGACGAGCUCCAUCCAACGCAACCUCCGGAAGUCGUCCACCAGCAGCGACACCUUCAAGGCCCUUCUCCUCAAGAAGGGCAGCCGGACUGAGACCAGCUUCAGGAUGUCUGCAGCCGAGAUGCUCCGCUCCACCGACCCUCGAUCCCAGCGGCCGAGGUCGGACUCUGUGUUUGACUCCCCUGUCGCUUCCCCCUCCCCCCCGACGACACCACACAGCCCCUGCUCCUCCCCCGGACGCGGUAACCGGGCGACGGACGAGUGGAGCCGCUACGAGGCCCUGGCUCUGUCCCCGCCGCAGUCGUCGUCCUUCCAGAUGAGCGGGUACAAGUACGGGCGCUCUCGCACACCCCCCUCCGCCGCCAGCAGCAAGUACAACGCCCGCUGCCGGAUCCUCAGCAGCCCAAUGACAGUUAUCUGCGAGCGUGAUGGGGAGUUGGCGGAGAGCGAGUACGGAGACACGGCAGAACCUCGGUCCGCCCCGGUGGUCCGGACUCUCCCUGUGCUCAGGGGCUCCAACGGCACUUUGUUUGACGAGAGCAGCAGCUAAAGAGCAAGGACCGCCCGUCGAGCCAGGGAGCCGAACCCGUUGUAACCAGUAAGGGGGCGUGAGCCUGUAGGAGGCCCUCUAGACACACCCUCCUGAGCCCCACCUCCUCGAUGCAGCCUCUGAGGGAGCGGACAUGUGGGCUCAGAGGUCAGAGGUCGCCCCCAUCUUGGACCGAGCUGAACUUAGUCUGAAGUGGAGAAGUGGUCGUGCUGCGGCUUUUUUCCGAUUCUCCCACGAUUCUCUCCUUCGUUUGGUUACUCACCCUUCGUUUUUUUUAAAAGAAUAGUGUUUCUUUUACGCCUGGUGUUCUUAGUUUGUUUUCUAUCUGUUCUGCUUUUGUUUUAAAUUUUUACUCCACCCUGUCCAAUAAACCAUCAAGCCGUUAGUUUCUCUAAGGGUCGAGGUUCAGGUGGCAAACCGGGGUGAUCGGAGGGAACCGAAAAGUCACCAGUCGUUUGCGUAACUUUGCUGCUGUGGUGCUACAUAGCUAGGCAGUUGGAAAGAGUGGAAUGUAAAAGGUGUGCUAGGAGCUCGCCUCGUAGAUUUUCCUGCUCCUCUCCCAUUGGCUGUGGAAAGUGUCGGAGAGAGAGCGCCACCUGCCGGCCAAUGUUGGCGUCGGAGCUCGAGAGCGUGUGGUACAACGGACGGCUCCACGGUUAAACUUCAGUUAGCAGCAGGUUUUUUUACUUCGUGCUCUCACGGUUCAGUGGUUUCGUUUGCAGAGCUGGGGUGAUAUUUUAAAAUGAAAGGUCCAGAGAAAGUACAGAGGGAUCACUGCUGCCCCCUAGUGAGAGGGAGGAAGUGGAGGACAGAGGCUCAACCAAAAACAGCAGAUUUACUCUAUAAAACCUCUAUCGAUUUACUUUUAGUUUGUAGAUUUUGCACUGUGCAUAGGUCUUCUCUUUGUUUGUGACUUAAAAAGUAUGUUUUUAAAAGAUUGUUUUAAUAAAAACAAGUGAUGUCAA